AUGUUGCUUUUCGGCCUGGCGGCCGUCCUCUCCAUGGCUGCGCAGGCUUCCUUCAUGGCCACGUUGCGCAAGCGAGGCUGCGGAGCCAGGGAGCUUCGCUGCAAUGACGGCCAACCCACGGAACUCACUCUCGAGAUGAAGCAGCUGCGAGACAUGGACUCCAGUCUCUCGGACGACGUCGUCCUGAAGUCCCUCUUUGACUGGCCCGAGCUGCGAAGUCUCAAGCAGCUUCGCAUCUCUUGGCUGCAAGGGGACGUCCCUGCCGUUCCGAGCGAGCUGUGCAACUUCGUGCAACUCGAGCUGCUGCAGCUGACGGGCAGCGGCUUGCAGUCGGUGCCCAGCUGCCUCGCCAAACUCGAGUUGAAAGAGCUUUCCCUGGGAGCCAACAGGCUGCAGACACUCCCCGCGACCUUCUCGGGCAUGCGGAGCUUGAGGAAGCUCAACUUGGCGAACAACCAAUUCGAUGAAUUUCCGGAAGCUAUCUUGUCUCUCAAGAACUUGGAGGAGCUUUUCCUGCAGCACAACCGCCUGACAAGCGUUCCCUCCGGUCUUCAGAAGCUACAGAAGCUACGUCGUCUCAGCCUCGUCGGGAACAGGCUUACCGCAUUGCCCGAGGAGUUAGGCCGCAUCCCUUCCCUCAAGGCGCUGAUGCUGGAUGGCAACCGCUUGGAUGAUAUCCCGAGCAGCCUCAAACCUCUCUGGCUCGCAGGAGGGCUGCAUGCGGACGGAAAUCCGAUGGAUCAAAGACGACCGCGGCCGGAUGGCGAGCUGUAA